UCAACCACCAUCUUAUUCUAAUCCUUGUCGAAGAAUCUUUAAGCAAGUCUAUCAAAGGCCUCACUCGUGAAGGUUAGACUCGAUAUAAUAUACGCUUCAAGUUCAAUCAUUGGAUUAAGAAGAAGAUGAACUGGCAGCAUCUUGAGGCCCUGCAGGAUAUAAACACCUGGUUUGUGGUAGCUUUUUCACUCACUUUUGUUGGGAUAAGAUUAUAUUGCUCUCCCUCUUGUUGGAGAUGGGGAGGCAACCAUGCUGCGAUAAGUCAGCAGUGAAGCGAGGUCUCUGGACACUUGACGAGGAUCAGAAACUCACCAAUUUCAUCCUCCGCAAUGGCAUCCAUUGUUGGCGCCUCGUGCCGAAGCUUGCAGGUCUGAUGAGAUGUGGGAAGAGUUGCAGAUUGCGAUGGACUAAUUACCUUCGUCCCGACCUCAAACGAGGAGCCAUUUCUCAAGAAGAAGAGGACCAAAUCAUCCAACUUCAUUCGCGCUUCGGUAACCGGUGGUCCAAGAUAGCAUCGCAUUUCCCAGGCCGCACUGACAAUGAAAUCAAGAACCACUGGAACACCCGGAUCAAGAAGAGAUUUAAACUCCAGGACUCCAAUCCAGUGACUCGUAAACUCAUCGAUCAUCAACUCUCCGGCAUUUCUUCACCAGCCUCUGCUUCACGAGCCAAAGAGAUGGGCACGGAUGUCGACGUUUCAGAAAUCGCAGUAAACCUGGAGGAUAGAUUCAAUCCGAGUCAGAGCAAUUGGAUUGUUGACACUUUUGGAAGCUGCGACUCUUCCUUCACGACUGAUGACUCGCUCUUACCUGCUUCCACACACACUCUUCUUAGUAUGAGUGAUUCUUUUCCGCCAUGGGAGACCAUGAACCGCCCCCUCUUAGACCAUUUCUAUUAUGAGAGCAUGCUAUGAGCUAUCAUGCUAUGAGCUAUCAAACUUCUGAUAUUGAUCAGAACUAGCUAGUGAAGUUUUUU